AUGGCCGGGAGGCCACCGGUGGGGGAGCAACGAGGCCCGAGCUCUAGGAUCCGCACACAUUGCGGGAUGGAGAAGAGGCCGGCAUGGGGCGCAAGGAGCAGCAGGGGAAGAACAGUGGGGCUUUCAUCUCCUCUCUCAUCCCGACUCCUACAAACCUCGCCACUGGUGCUUGCUCGGCUUACUCAUUCUCCUCCUCUCCCCAUAUUUUCCUCUGUUGUUUGUGUUCCUUCAAUUUGCAGGGAUUGUGGGAAGCAAAUGUACGUGGGGAGUUGUUCUACUCUCUCCCUCGAGGUGGAGAUGUUGGUGCUGUUUGAGACGCCCACUGGGUUCGCCGUUUUCAAGGUUCUGAACAAGGGCAAGCUCGACAAGAUCAAGGAUCUAUGGAAGGAGUUCACCACAUCGGACUCGGCGAGAAAGAGGAAGUCAGCAAAAGCCGUUUAUUUGAAUGAACAAGAAUCCGUGGUGUGCUCCUGA